CACCAUUCAUCUCUCGUCUUCCCAGUCAUUCUAUUUCGCGGCAUGUAAUGUUCUGGCGCAUUGACUUUCGAUGCACCGCCGAUUGAGAUGACGUCGUUCAAAUUCCCGCCUCCACCACCACCGCCACCGAAAGCUCUUCCAACCAACAAUCCACAGCCGUAUCCAAGCCAAAGAGGUGGUAACGCUAGGGGCGGUAGCGAUAGAGGAGGUGGAGAUAGAGGACGAGGUCGAGGGCGAGGAGGCGACAACAGCAAUGGCUUUACGGAAGGCUCAAGAGGUGGCCGUGGUCGAGGUGGAAGCAACAACACAUUUAACGCAAAUGCACGGGGCGGAUACGGGCAGGGCGAUGGGCGUGGGAAUGCGCGCGGACGAGGUGGUUCGAGAGGCGGACAUCAAAACAACAGAGGUGGAGGGCAUCUACGAGGCGGCUCAAACCCAGGCUAUGGCCAGCAGCAGCAGCCACAGUCUCCACCGCAAACAAAUACUCCGCUCUUCGCAAACCAGCCGCAACCCACGAUUCCAGCGCAGGCGCCAGUGGACCCAAAUGCUUUCGCGCAAGCCAUGGCAUUCAUGACGACACCAGCUGGCGUGCAGUCAAUGGCCGCUUUUGCUAACCACAUGUCCCACCCAGUAGCUGCCACUCCCCAGUAUACGCAGCCUGAGGCUCGGUACUCGCCUCCUCAGCAGGCAGGUCAGAAGAGGAAACUGAACGACUAUGGUGACAAUGCGCAACUGCAACGAAAGCCUCCCCAACCGAAACCUCCACGCGCUAAAGCCGCUGUCGCUCCUCCCGUGCCCAGCUUCGGUUUCUCACUACCAACACCCGUGUUUGCGUCGCAUCCAGCAGCAUCGAAGUCAAACGAUAAGCAGCAGAAUAAACGCAAGCUGCACCUGGGAUUGUCCCAUCAUCCAAUGCCAGACGAAAGCAGCGAAGAAGAGGACGUUGAUGAGGAAGCAGUAUUUUCAAACAAAGUCAAAUUCGAGGGCGUGGCAUUCGAACACAACGGAGAAACGAUAUCCCUACAAACGCCCGCCGAGGUCGCAGCGUGGAGAAAAGAUCGAAAAAGGAAUUUUCCGACCGAGAAACGGGCCGUGGAGAAGGCAGAAGAGACUGCGGCAAAGCGAGAGAGCGAACUGGAAUUCCUGCACAGAAUCAAGGGGAAACCACCGAAGCAAAAGGAGAUGCAACAUGAGAGACCAACGCAAGACAACCACGCCAAACCCAACAAGAAGACGAACAAAAACAACAACAAUAAAAGUCAAGAAACUAACCCCCACGAAUCUGCACGCAAACAAGAAGAGCUCGCUGCCCUCCGCAAAAAACUCCACCAAAGCAUGCUCGCAAAACAAUCCCUCCAAUCCACCCCCCGCCCCGUCGACCUCAGCCUAGGCUACACCAGCGAAACCGACUCAGACGGCAAAAGCUCCGUCUUAUCCGACUCUUCCGUGCUCUCCCCCUCGGACGAAUCUUCGUCUGACGAAGACUCCGCCUCCGAUUCGGAUGCCGCCCCAGUCCAGCAAUCCACAAAACUCGCGCCCCCGCCGAUCAACGUGCCACCGCCAUUGCCUGCCCCGCGACCUGAGCGCGCAGCGCCUGAGAAGCGCGUCUGCGUGCAGUGGAAACGCUAUGGGAAGUGCGCGUAUGGGCAUUCGUGUCGCUUUGUGCAUCCGCAGCGGGAGAGCGAGAAGCGCGUGGGCCUUUAUGAGAAAAUGGUGGAACAGGAGCGUGUCAAGGCGGAUGGGCUGGCGCUGGAAGCUAUCAAGUACUUGGGUCGGCAUGGGUUUCUUGGGUGAUGUUGGCGUGGUGUGUGAUGCUUUGUUAGUUCUGUGUUGCUGCGGUUGAUGGAAAAGACAUCGGUCAAGUGUAAUAAUUGUGAUUGUUGAAAAAAAAACAAUCCAAACAUGAAGAAUUAAGC